AAGUUAGAUACCAUCGUUGAUGGUGAAUUCCGCUUACUCGAAGAGCUAGGCCAUGGCUCCUAUGGCUGCCUAUUCUUAGGCCAAAACAUCCACUCCAGUGAUUACGUCGCCGUCAAGGUUCUGACCAAAGUUGGUCUGGAUGAGCAACAGCUUACCUUGCAACGAUCUGAAAUCGAUAUUCAAUCAAGCCUUUCGCACCCAAACAUAAUCUCCCUCUACCGAACUUUUGAAGAUGCUACUCAUAUUUACAUCAUCAUGGAACUCUGUGAUCAAGGCGAUUUGUUUGACUACGUGGUUCGUGACGCUGAAAUCAAUCCAGUGCGCGAUGCCAAGUUUGCUCGCAAAGCCUUUUCUGAAAUUCUCGAUGCUCUCCAGUACUUGCAUGACCAUCACAUCUAUCAUCGUGAUAUCAAGUUGGAAAAUAUUCUCCUCAAGUUGACCAACGAAGACUCCCCUGAAGAACAAUUGGUGACCAAGGUAGCUGAUUUUGGCUUGGCCACCCGUGACCGUCUUUCCAUGGAGUUUGGCUGCGGAUCCACCACGUAUCUUGCUCCUGAGCACUUUUUGGAAGACGAUCAAUCGGAUGAUGAAUUGGAACAACCUUAUGAUUCUGCUGCGUCUGACAUCUGGAGUCUAGGCGUCUUGUUUCUGGCUUUGGUCUAUGGACGUAAUCCAUGGCAGGAGGCUUCCUCCUAUGACGCUGUGUUUGCUGAAUACAUGCGCAACCCUGCCGUCCUCAAGGAGCUGUUCCCCAUGUCGGAUGAUGCUUAUGAGUUUGCCAAGUCUGCCCUUAGCCUUGACCCUAAGCGCCGCCCAGAUAUUGCUCAGCUCCGUCAG